GAUUUGUUUUGACACUUUGAGUUGAUUUGAACGCAAAAACAAUAUGCACAUUUUGAGUGUUGCUUUGAUUUGAAGUUCUGCUGUUAAAGGCACGUCUACUUCUACCGCUUUCGACAAGUUGUUCUGACAGUUUGGUGGAAAAUUAUCAUCUAAUUAUUUAUCAACAGUUCCAUUUGUGUGCGUCAACACAAGUGUGUUUGAUUGGUGUUUUAUUAGAAAGCAAUGGACAUGAAUAAUUCGACAGAAGAUCCGCCAGCUAAGAAAAUUCGGUAUGACGCGGCAAGCGAUGUAAAUCCUCCCAAAACUGUCAAUCCGUUGCUACUUCGCAGUUUGCAAAAAGUUAGUCAUUUGCUUAGCAGCGAGGUGAAAUCCAAAUACGGAAUAAAAUCGCCAAAUGAAGAAUCAUCGAAACCAUGGUCAUCGAAACCAGAGCAGCCAAUGGAAGAAGCAGAACAAAAUCGACCAAAUGGACCGAAUUUAAUGGUUCUUGACGAUGACUGUUUGAUGGAAUUAUUUGUUUUUCUGAAGCCAAUGCACCUGGCCCACUUGGCACAUGUCAAUGUACGACUGAAUAAACUGGUCAAGCGGUACAUUCAAUGCAAAUACAAAAUUCGGUUUGCCCCAAAUUUCAACAUCAGUGCACACGAUCGGACGGUUCGUAUCAAUCUGGAGGUUUUGCAAGCAUUUCUCUACAUUUUUGGUGAAGAUAUCGUCACAUUGACGCUUCACAACAAUGUAUUCGAUGGCACAUACGAUAAGUUUCGAAGUAUGAGUCAAAUUCAGGACUUCAUACAGAAAUAUUGUCAUUUGAAAGAGCUGGCAUUCGUUGGAUUUGGAAUGUGUGGGCUGACUAACCAAUUUUAUACAGAUCUUAAAUCGUUGACACUCGACGACUGUUCUGUCACCCGUAGUUGGGCCAACAUGAAGCAGCUAAAAACACUCAAAUUGAAUACAUUGAUAUUUCGUCGAUAUCCAAUGGAAUACAUAUCGCGUGAAAACUAUGAUUGGGAAUUUCGUCCGAAACCAAAACCCAUACCAAUUCCAACCAAUUGCUUCGGUGCACUAGAAGAAUUGCAGCUCAACGACGUCAAUAUUGACAAUGGAGUCGCAGCCAAACUCAUCAAUUCAAAUAGAAACUUAAAACGUUUGUCAAUUGUCAAGUGCCGGGAAAUUUCGCCAUUCAUAUUUGAAGCCGUUGGCCGAAAGAAAAAUUUGGAAGAAUUCGAGUUCAAAACACAAAAGUCUUUCUACAGCAGCGGUUUCGCGCCAUUGAUGUCAUUGAAGAAGUUGAAGGUGCUGAAGUUGUUCCAUCAGGAGAAAAGUCUACCACAACGUGCAAUUCGCUACCUUCCAAAAGGAAUAACUUUGGAGCAAUUACAACGCAAAACUCGCACAUUGGAACUUGUAAACAACAUCGUUAAAAAUGGGAUUACACUCGAUCAUUUGGAAUUGGGCCUGGAUAAUUUUGAUGAUGAAACAGCUGCGAGCAUCGCAAAAAUGUCAACAAUCAAAAUACUCAAGUUCAGCGAAAUGGCUGGACUGAACGAAUCACACAUUGCAACCAUUGCUGAAUUGCAAUCGCUCAAGGAGCUGCAGGUCAAAACGAAAGCGACCAUUUCUCAAAGUGGAUUGCAGAAAAUUGUGCGUGCAGCCAAUCGAUUGACGUGCUUAAAAGUAGAUUCACCCGGUUUUUUGCUCGAUGUCGAAACAUACCAAGCCAUAUUGGGUAUAAUUCAGAAGCGUACAAUUCAAACCAAGCUUGAGUUGACAAUCUAUGGAAAUGGAAAUCAGUUGGCUGUGCCGAAUGAAAUGUUGAACGGAAAGAACGAAGAAUGGUUCACAGUGAAGGAACUCAACCGGGCUAGAUACAGCAUGUUUGAGGAUUUAACAUCAAAAAUUGGACAGCCACCACCUCAACGCGAUUAUUAUUCAUCUGACAGUGACGACAGUGAUUAUUAUUAUUAAAUUUAUUGAUCGUUUAUUUGAGUGUUUAUUAGUUUCAAGGAAGAAAGGAAACAUUUGUUAUUAUGUCACUAAAAAUGUUAAGCAAAUGUAAAAAAAAUGGUGCAAAAUGACGCACACAAACUGUGACACAACCAAUCAUACUGUAAAGUCGAACAAAAAAGUAUUAAUUAAGCAAAUGACAAUGAAAUAAUUGAUCAAUCUCACUAUCGAUUAAGAAAAAUUAUCGAAUUCAUAACUCAACAAACAUUUUACAUUAGUUCAACUAGAACAUUUCAUGUCUAUUUUUUUCCAUUUUGUUCAAUUAAAAUUACAAUUCACACAGUGAUGAA